AAUUUGAAAAAGGUAAAGGGCAAAAGCAACCAAGUGAUGAGGGAUGAGUUGUCAGUUUCUAUUGGCUUCCAAAUUCAAUAAAUUUUCCUUAUUUCAUGCGUAUUUUAAUAAUAGAGUCAAACUGAGUCGUACUUCCAUUUAAUAUUGGACACGUGGAAUGAGAAAAAUACUGCCCAGAGUCGGGAUUCUCACUCAUCGAAACGUAUCCUUCAACGUCUCUUUCAAAAUUCAAACACUUUUUCUCUUGUUUAUUUCUUUCGUUUAUUUACAGUUGAAACCUCUCACUGUCCCUCCCUUCUUGUACUCUCUCUCUUGGUUUUUUUUUUUCUUUUGGUUUCUGAGAAGAUUCAGCUGCAAGAGGGAAGAUGAUUUACAGCACAGGGUAGUGAGAAGAUAGAACAAGGGCAAAGGGAUCUUCUGUAAAAUUACCAUGGAUCAAUCAGAACAAACACAACAGCAGCAGCAGCAACGGCAACAGCCUGUUAUGGGCGUUUUACCUGGUGCUGGGCAGAUGGGCUAUUCUACUGGUCCUUACCAAAAUACUCCGAUGGUUGGUUCUGGCACACCAGCAGUAAUGGUCCGCUCACCAACUCAGCCUCCGACUACUUUCUCUGGUUCUACACACCAAUUUGCCUACCAACAAGCUCAGCACUUCCAUCACCAACAACAGCAGCAACAACAGCAGCUUCAAAUUUUCUGGGCCAACCAAAUGCAAGAAAUUGGGCGAACAGAAGACUUCAGGAAUCACAGUCUCCCACUUGCCCGGGUCAAAAAGAUAAUGAAAGCGGAUAAAGAUGUGCGGAUGAUAUCAGCAGAGGCUCCUGUUAUUUUUGCAAAAGCUUGUGAAUUGUUCAUCUUGGAACUGACUUUACGCUCUUGGAUCCAUACAGAAGAGAACAAAAGGAGGACACUACAGAAGAAUGAUAUUGCAGCUGCCAUUUCAAGGACUGAUGUCUUUGAUUUCUUAGUUGAUAUUAUCCCUAGGGAUGAGUUGAAAGAGGAGGGACUUGGGGUCACCAAGGCCACUAUUCCAUUAGUUGGUCCACCUGCUGAUAUUCCAUAUUACUAUGUUCCACAGCAUCCUGUGGGGCCCACUGGGAUAAUGGGAAAGCCAAUUGAUCAAGCUGCAUUGUAUACAGGCCAGCAGCCUCGACCACCCAUGGCAAUCGUGCCGUGGCCCCGCGAUCAGCCACAGCAGCAGCAAUCUCAACAGCAGCAAAGUGAGUCUUGACUGAGAAGGGGAGGAGCGCCAAUACAUUGUAGUUGGUUUGUUGCAGUACAUUUCUUAUAGUCAGAAAUUAAAUCUAGCACUGGUUUAUCUGUAGUUAGGUUGUAAUCGUAGGUUAGGCAGAAGCUGUAACAUUGAAAGUGGAAGAUGACAGUUUCAAUGAAUGACGUCUUUAAGGUGGAUUGGAUUUGGGUUUGGCGUUUGGUUUAUGAUUUUUGUUGCUCGGGGUGCUUCUUCCAAGCAUUUUUGCUUGAAAUAUUACAUUAUUAGGUUGAUUGAGUAUAGCUUCUUUUUUUAUAAUCAACAGAGCACAUGAUUGUUGGGGAGUGAGUAUAGCUUCAAAGCUUCAAAAGAGAUUUAGAAGGCAUUUGUAAGUUGUAAUUGACAAGAGAUGGCGCCAUACUUUCCUCAAGGCAUUUGUAAGUUCUAAGUUUUCAUCCUUUUCUUGUAGGGUUUUUAAGUUUUGAAGAAAAACUGCGUACAAUGUCAAGAAAUUUUGGAAAUUUAUAAAAAUAAUAUUAUAAAUUUAUAACAUCUAUGAGGAAGAAAGUAUUCACUGCCAAUAAAUUUUUUGCAAUUUAAAAAAAAGUUAUAAAUUUAUAACAUCUAUAACAUUAUAAGAUAAAAGUUGAGUGGGAAUCGGUAAUGAGAUACUUGAAUUAAUAAACUGGUGUUGGCAAAAAAAAAAAAAAAAAAACUGUUAAACAUGGUACCUCGUUAACACUGUUACUAAAAAGAUAAUGAGGUAAUUUUCAUGUAAUAUACAAAUAGGUUAAUAUUCAUGGAUUGGAUUCCUACUAACAUUUCUAAAGAUUUGUUCAAAGUUCGAUUCAAUUAUGAUUGUUUAGAUUCUUUAAUUUAAAUUUAUUUUCAAAAUAUGAAAAAAAAUUAUACUAAUAUUUAAUAUU